AUGACCAAGCCGAGGUACGGCCUGGAGGUGUUCAAGUUCGCCGUCUACGUCUCCGUGCCCAUCUUCCUCACCGUCACCUUCGCCGCGAACCCCGUGAACCUCGAGUCGAUAAUCAGGCGACACGCGUACGUGGUGUACCCUCCCGAGGGACCGAAGCCGCCGACCGCGGCGGAGAUGCGCAAGAUCGUGGAGGCGAACAAGAAGAAGAAGCUCCGCGACUGA